ACUUUCUUUCUUCUGCACGGUGGACUCUACUACACAAUUUAAACUAACACUCACUAUUAAGAAAUUAAUAUGCUUUGUGCUUAACAGAGAUAGUUGUUUAAUUUGAUUAAUAGAGAGAGAAAGACUUUGUUGCAGCAGAGCAAGCAAAAUAAGAUAAAUAAAUUCCAGUAACACAUGUUAGAGUCAGAUCAGAUGUGAAACUAAUUGAGUAUACCCAGCCCAGCAGAUUAUCAAAAAUGAAGGUUUGGAGGUUUUCCGUGUUUUUCUUUGUAGCUUUUCUGUUGCUUACUCUUUCAAUGGCGAGAUUCGUUGUGGAGAAGAACAGCUUGUCGGUUACUUCGCCUGAUAAAAUUAAAGGCAGACACGACAGUGCCAUCGGUAACUUCGGUAUACCUCAAUACGGAGGUAGCAUGGCCGGUACCGUCGUUUAUCCAAAAGAUAACAAUAAGGGUUGUAAAGACUUCGAUCAAUCUUUCAAAUCUCGCCCCGGUGCUCUUCCCACCAUCCUUUUGCUCGAUCGUGGAAAUUGCUUCUUUGCUUUGAAGGUAUGGAAUGCCCAAAAGGCUGGAGCUUCUGCAGUUCUUGUUGCAGAUGAUAUAGAGGAACCCUUAAUAACUAUGGACACACCCGAAGAGGAUGGUUCGUCUGCAAAAUACAUUGAGAACAUAACAAUACCAUCUGCUCUCAUUGAAAAGAGUUUUGGUGAGAAGUUAAAGGAUGCCAUAAGUGGUGGGGAUAUGGUCAAUGUAAAUCUUGACUGGAGAGAGGCUGUUCCGCACCCUGACGAUCGUGUCGAGUAUGAGUUGUGGACCAAUAGCAAUGAUGAGUGUGGAGUUAAAUGUGAUAUGUUAAUUGAAUUUUUGAAGGAUUUCAAGGGUGCUGCACAGAUCUUAGAGAAAGGAGGUUACACUCAGUUUACACCUCAUUAUAUAACUUGGUACUGUCCUCACGCGUUCACAUUGAGUAAACAGUGUAAGUCUCAAUGUAUAAACCAUGGAAGAUAUUGCGCUCCGGAUCCUGAGCAGGACUUCAGCACAGGUUAUGAUGGGAAAGAUGUGGUUGUUGAAAACUUAAGGCAGCUAUGUGUUUUCAAGGUGGCAAAGGAAACAGAGAAGUCUUGGGUGUGGUGGGACUAUGUCACUGAUUUUCAAAUUAGAUGCCCGAUGAAGGAGAAAAAGUACAAUAAGGAAUGUGCGAACACCGUCAUUAAAUCUCUGGGUCUUGACAUCGAAAAGAUUGAUAAGUGCAUGGGAGAUCCUGAAGCCGAUACUGAAAAUUCCAUUUUGAAAGAAGAGCAAGAUGCCCAAAUUGGGAAGGGAUCACGUGGUGAUGUUACCAUAUUGCCUACUCUUGUUGUCAAUAACAGACAAUAUCGAGGUAAACUGGAGAAAGGUGCCGUUCUAAAGGCUAUUUGUUCUGGGUUUGAGGAAACUACCGAACCAGCUGUUUGUUUGAGCAAUGAUGUGGAGACAAAUGAGUGCCUGGCAAACAACGGUGGUUGUUGGCAGGAUAAAGCGGCUAAUAUCACUGCAUGCAAGGAUACAUUCCGUGGGCGAGUAUGCGAAUGCCCCCUGGUUGGUGGUGUUCAAUUUAAAGGAGACGGUUAUACGACUUGUGAAGCUGGUGGACCUGGGCGUUGCAAGAUUAACAAUGGAGGCUGUUGGCAUGAUGCUCGGAAUGGACAUGCAUAUUCUGCUUGUUUGGAUGAUGGAGGAGUUAAAUGCCAGUGUCCUACAGGGUUUAAAGGUGAUGGUGUAAAAAACUGUGAAGACAUUGAUGAAUGCAAAGACAAGAAAGCUUGUCAGUGCCCUGAAUGUAGCUGCAAGAAUACUUGGGGCAGCUAUAACUGCAGUUGUAGGGGAGAUCUGCUGUAUAUCAAGGACCAAGAUACCUGCAUCAGUAAAACUGCCAGUCAGGGAAGAUCCACUUGGGCUGCUUUUUGGGUCAUUCUGAUUGGCUUGGUUAUGAUUUCUGGAGGGGCAUUCCUUGUGUACAAAUAUAGAAUUAGGCAAUACAUGGAUUCUGAAAUCAGAGCAAUCAUGGCACAAUAUAUGCCCUUGGACAGCCAAGCAGAAGUUCCAAAUCAUGUCAAUCAUCAAAGAGCUUGAAAGAAAAACAGGUUAAUCUCUUGGGUUCUCAUGGCGUGCAGCAUGGAUGCGGCUUCUUCUGUGCUUUUUGAGCCGUUUAGCAUUCUGAGCCUUUCAUUUUGUACUGUAUCAUAUAGACAAAAAAAUAUUGAAACUUAGAAGUUUAGAAUGCUCUUGAGUGUUUUAUUUCUUCUCUUUUGGUUGGGAAUCUAGCGUUCUGUAUACUUGGAAGGCCAGAGGUAUUUCACUGGAUCCUGGAUUUCUGUUUACCAGAUGUCAUCUUCCACAUACAAUGUUGUAACUUAUGGUGUUGUAGUUCAGGUAACAUCUUGAUAUUGCUCCAUUCCUCUGUGGGGUGUUCUUGCUUUUUUCCACUUUAUUUGUGGAGGGUGGUUGAAUUUGUAUUCAGGAUGUAAAUUGCCAUGCAUUAGUGAUGAUGUCUGUAUUAUAUCAGAUUCACUAACCAUAAGUAUGCGUUAAACG